AUGCGUCCUCUCACAGAAGAAGAGACCAAGACGCUCUUCGAGAAGCUCGCCAACUACGUGGGCAAGAACCUCGUGCACCUCAUCGAUCGACCCGAGGAUCCGCACGUCUUCCGCCUUCACCGCGACCGCGUCUACUACGUCUCGGAGGCGUCGAUGCGUCUGGCGGUGUCGAUCGCGCGUCCGAACCUCAUGUCGCUCGGCACGUGCUUUGGCAAGUUCUCCAAGACGGGCAAGUUCCGUCUGCACGUCACGUCGCUCGACUACCUCGCGCAGCACGCCAAAUACAAGGUGUGGAUCAAGCCCAACGGCGAGCUGCCCUUCCUGUACGGCAACCACGUCGUCAAGGCGCAUCUCGGAAGGAUUACGGAUGAUACUCCGGAACACGCGGGUGUCGUCGUGCUCAGCAUGAGCAACACCCCGCUUGGGUUUGGUGUGACCGCUAGGAGCACCGUGGAUACAAGAAAGCAGGAUCCUACGAGCAUCAUUGUCUUCCACCAGGCCGAUGUGGGAGAGUAUCUUAGGGACGAAGAUACGCUCUUCUGA